GCCCUGAGUAGCGACGCGUUAGGGGGAAGGUUUGCGGCUCUCUCAGCUCGCGUUGCCCUUGCAGUUUGUUUACUUUGGCGCAGGAGGGGCAUUGUGCAUGGGCCACCGCUUGGUAGCAACUACUACAGAUACGGUUAGAGCACCCAGCUACGUGGCCCAGGCCCACUCGGUGCCGCACAAACCCCCUGGUCUUUCAGCCACUGAGUGGCGCUUGCACAUGGUCGUCGGUCGGGUCAUGCCGCUGGCGGGCUGGCUGUCGGCACACCUGCCAUUGCUCCUCGGUGCAUUCAACUCCCCCUCGCCACGACACAUCACCCAUUGGCACUCCUAUAUAAACGACCCUGCAAACCCAUUGCUAUCACCUUGUCUGACCUGCCAGGAAUCCUCAAACCCCACUUCUGGUUGAACCGACACCUAGCAGCUGUGCGACAUCUCGCACCGCUGCGCUGACAGCAUGAGCGACAACAAGCGCUUAAGAGAUCUGGGGGCGGGCUUGACCUCGGGCAUGCUCCUUGCAGCUGGUGCCCUAACCGCGUACCUGCUACUCAAAGAUGUCGUCGCCCCCUACUUUGCGCGGGUAGUCGACCCAGACCACGAGAAGAACGAAGCGACACGAAAAAGGGCACAGGCGAACCUGCAAAGGAUACGAAAGAAGAUUGCCGAGAACAGCGCAAAUGACGCAGCCAACACAGAUGCAUCACAAAAGACCAGCGUUGAGGACUUGGUUCUGAACGAGUACGAAAACCAGGUAGCACUGGAGGUCGUCGCGCCAGAGGACAUCCCGGUUGGCUUUGACGACAUUGGAGGAUUGGAGGAAAUCAUUGAAGAAGUGAAGGAGGCUAUCAUCUACCCAUUAACGAUGCCACAUUUGUACCAGCAUGGUGGGUCUCUCCUGGCUGCACCAUCUGGCGUGCUGCUGUACGGCCCACCAGGCUGUGGCAAGACGAUGCUGGCAAAGGCUGUGGCACACGAGAGCGGUGCCUCGUUCAUCAACCUUCACAUCUCGACACUUACGGAAAAAUGGUAUGGCGACUCCAACAAGCUGGUCCGUGCCGUCUUCUCUCUGGCGCGCAAGCUUGAGCCCGCCAUCAUCUUCAUCGAUGAGAUUGAUGCUGUGCUGGGGCAACGACACAAUGGCGAGCACGAAGCCAGUGGCAUGGUCAAGGCUGAAUUCAUGACGCUAUGGGAUGGUCUCACCUCGUCCAACGCCGCCGGUGUUCCUGCACGCAUUGUUGUGCUCGGUGCCACCAACAGGAUAAACGCCAUCGACGAGGCCAUUCUCAGGAGAAUGCCCAAGAAAUUCCCUGUUUCUCUUCCGGGAACUGAGCAGCGUCGUCGCAUUCUCGAAUUGAUCCUCGGGAAUACCAAGCGUGAUCCGGACUUUGAUGUUGAAUAUAUUGCCAAGGUCACGGCGGGCAUGUCCGGAAGCGAUCUCAAGGAAGCGUGCCGCGACGCCGCCAUGGUUCCCAUGAGAGAGUAUAUCCGCCAGCAUCGUGCGUCCGGGGCGUCCAUGUCCCGGGUAGCCCCUGAGGGCGUCCGCGGUAUCAGAACCGAUGACUUCUUCGGUCGGCGAGGCGGACAGGUCCUUCAUGUGCCACCGCCUGCUGCUACUAAUGGGCAAUCCGAAAGCGAAUGGCGCGAUGUCCAGGAACUCGAAGAGGACGUUGUUACCACGCUCUCUUAG